UUAUCUUUGUCUGAGGUUGGACCAUUCUUUCUCCACAGAGAAGAUAGGGAACGCGCAGUCUAUUUCUUAUAUGUCUAUGCUUAAAAAGCUCGAGCGGAUUUUUAUUGUGUGACGUAAGAGUGUCACGACUUGCACUACGGUUUCUAUGUUGGCCGGCUUUAGUUUCAGUUGAGAGCUGAUGUUAGUGUUUGUUCUAAAGUAAAACAGGGAGAAAAGAAGUGCGAGAGAGAAAAAGAAAAAAAGAGGAGACGACAAGGUGCAAAAAAUUGGAUUCACUUAACCCAAAUCUUUCAAUACAACCGGACGAAAGAUUGCUUGACCGAAUAUCAUUGUUAACCUUUAUCAAUGCGAGAACUUUAUCGGUGUGCGAGAAUAGAUUGACCGCAAACAUUUUGAUCACCAGCGCCGGCUGUGAGAUCAUCGUACAAACAUGAAUUAUGACAGACGCUCACUCUUGCCGUAACACGAAGGAUUUUCUAGUUCCAUUCGUUUUUUCGGGUUAUCGCACGCACGAGCUGUUGAGAAUGCACGGGCGUGAACGUGCAACAACAAAAAGUGUCGAUGUGUAAAAACAGUUGUGGACCAUCGUCGAUUAGGACGAUUUUGCCGGAGUGUCAACAGUUCAGUUAACCAUGAAGAAACAGUUUUUCCGAGUAAAGCAGCUCGCCGAUCAGACCUUCUCUAGAGCUGGAAAAACUGAGGUAUUAACAGAUGAUUUGGUAGCUGCAGACAAACAUGUAGAACAGAUCAGAGCAGCUCUCACUGGUCUCAGCAAAAGAUUUGGAAAUAUACAGAACCAAGCUAAUACACAGGAUCACGCCAUUAAGGAAAAACGUUUGAAAAAAUGCCCUGAAUAUGUGCUUGGACAAACUAUGAUGGAAAAUGCUGGCGAAGAGGGUCUUAUGAGUUUUGCAUUGGUGGAAUGUGGACGAGUACAAAUGUCAUUGGCUAAUGAAACUGUAGAGCAUGAAGCAAAAGUUGAGCAGUAUGUUGCUGCUCCAUUACAACAUAUUUUAGAUACCGAUGUGCCGAGUAUAGUGAAACAUAAGAGAAAUCUGGCGCGUCUUAUUUUGGACAUGGAUAGUGCUAGAACAAGAUAUUUUCAGGCACUUAAGCACAGUACUGGUGCGGGUGCAACAAAAAUAGACAAUCUAAAGGAAGAAUUGGAAGAUGCCGAGACAAAAGUUGAGCAGUGCAGAGAUCAACUGGCUGCAGAAAUGUUUCAGCUUAUGUCACGGGAAACUGAAUUAGCUCAAACAAUUAUUCAAUAUGUAAAACUUCAGCGAGCAUAUCACGAAAGCGCAUUGCAUUGUCUCGAAGAUCUAAUACCUGGACUAGAGAGUUAUAUUAAUGAUAACGAGAUGAAGCCGGUCUAUGGAUAUCCUCUUGAGGAACAUCUUAGAGUAACAAAUAGAAAAAUCGCACUACCUAUACAACUAUGUGUGUCUGCGCUUUUACGUCUGGGUAUAGAAGAAGAGGGUCUUUUCAGAAUAGCCGGCGCUGCUUCGAAGUCGCGACGAAUUAAGUUGAGCUUAGAUGCUUGUUGCCUCACUUUAGGAACUGCUCUCGAGUAUAAAGAUCCUCAUGUUAUUGCUGGCGCGUUAAAAUCAUAUUUGCGAGAAUUACCAGAGCCUCUGUUAACAUACAAACUGUAUCCCGAAUGGAUGGCUGCGGCAAAAAUUUCCAAUAGUGAUACCAGAUUGCGAGCUCUCUGGGAAGUAUUGUACAAGUUACCACCGGCAAAUUUGGAAAAUUUGCGAUUUUUAAUUAAAUUUUUAGCUGUACUCACGAAGAAUCAAGAUAUAAAUAAAAUGACGCCGCAAAACAUUGCCAUAGUCAUCGCGCCAAAUCUGAUUUGGAGUCCGCAAGAGAAUUCAAAUACGAUAGUAAUGAACAUGAGUACUGCAAAUAACUCUAGUCUUAUAGUAGAUCAGUUAAUUACAUACGCGGAUUGGUUCUUCCCCGGCGAAAUAGAUUUCGAUCGCGAUCUAGACAUCAUGAACGACACGGAGAAUCAGACUGUAGAUAUGCGACGUUGCAUAUCUAACAGCAGUCUCAGUGAUUACGAGAGUCCGACGCAAGGCAGUCCGAAACCAGCAGCUCGUCGGAAGAAUAAACCGGCGCCAACGCCGCCGAGUGGAACGACUCCGGAUAGACAAGACAAAAAGGAAGACAAACUGCCUCCGACACCAGAUAAACCACCGAGAGCUUUAACGUCCACUCUAAAUCGGUCGACGUAUAAAACUCAGAAACACGAAGCAAACACGGACUUGAUACGACAUGAGAGCAACGUGAAGAAGCACGAGAAGCCGUCGGAGUCAGAUAAAAGGUCUCAAUUGACCUCGGAAUUGAUUUUGUUUGAUGCUAAUCCUAUCAAUAAUCCAGAAGAGUUUGGCGCUCACCAAGGUGGUGUCUUCAUUUUGACGGAAGCGGAGAAAGAUACCCAAGAUCUGCAAAGAUACGACACCAAGACAAACGUACUAAGUGCGAAAGAAAAAUCAAAUGGAGACUCGUCCGACAACAUUACUAAAACAAUCGCGGACAUCGAGCAUAGUGAUAAUGCAGCUCAAAAGCCAAAACCAAUACCUACGGAGAAACCGUCUACGUUAGAAAGAAGAAGACCAGUCGCAGCACCAAGAAAUAUAACAAAUAUCGCACAUACCACAGAAGAAGGAGUUGAAUUACGUAAAAAGUCAGAUAACAAUAUCACAAACGUGCAUGUAUCUCCGAAUGAGAGAAGUGGUAAACCGGCAAUUCCUGAACGUCCACCUGGUUUGGUUCGUCCGUCGAGUCUCAUCAGGCAACAACCGCGUCCCACUAACGAGAAUCCAGAAGCCGAUUCAGGACUUUUAACACUUGAACGGGCUCACGUGUAUUCCGUGGACAAACAGCAGGUCAGUAUAAUACAAGUGCGUGGAGGUAACAACGCCAACCCCGGCGAAAGCAUUGGCAACACGGCAACUUCGAACUUGCAGAGAAGCCCAAGCGUAGGUAGCAGACCAUCUUCGAUAUCGUUGUAUGGUGCCGAACGUCUGGAGAUGUCGGAAAGGCCGGACGAGACGUCGUCGCACGAGCAGGCAAAGGCGCACGCGCGAACAAGAUCGGAAGGUAACAUCGUUGACGUACAGACGCAGACCAACACGAUAGUGACGAUUCUCAAGUCGCCGCAGCAGAAACCAGCCUCACCGAGAGUCCUUCAGCGACCGCCAAGGCCGCAACCGCCGCCACCACCGCCGCCUAUUGCACGACCUAAGUCAGAACAAGAGAGCACCAAUCUCUAACGAAAGUUAAUACGAAAAAAGUGUGAAAGACAAAACAUCGUGACUUCCAGAACAUUCUUAAACAUUCGCCCUUAUAUCUUUAUUGUUGAAGAUGCCGUUUUAUGCAUGACAAUACGUGUGAUUAAGUAGAGUCUACAUAUUAUGCAAGAGUAAUGAUUACUUACAAAAUUGUUGAAAAAUCUGUAAAACCGCGACCGCGGUUGUAUUUACAUGGAAGAACAUCGACAAUCAGUUCGUCGAGAAGAGAAGUGCGUAUAUGUAGAUUUUAUAAUAUUCGGACAUAGUUAUUUCUCUAUUUUUUCUUUAUUUUUUUCAUGAUCUCUAUACACGGCUUUUUAUAUAGAACUUAUCGUGUUUGAGCGAAUAGUUGAAAAGAACGUUUCAAAUUGCCAUUGUGCGGAAAUAUAGAGAGGGAGGAGAGGUUUGAGUGUCCAUUCGGAUGUUAAGUUUCCUCUAUUCGGCAGUACGCCGUGUGUUAUUUCCAAAUUGUCUUAGGUAUACAUAUGUACAUUAUAUUUGCAUUGAUAAACGAUUAUUAUUAAUAUUAAUAUCGACUUUUAUACCUUUAUCGGUGAAAUCAUAUUAUACUGAAAUGCUCAAAAUGGCCGCAAUUGAGAAAAGGCUACAGGUUUAUGUAUGCUUUUGUCUUUCCCUUUUUAGUGAAUUUUGAUUCGCCACUUUCUCUGGCGUGUUUUUUUAAUUUUUCAAAUAAAAACUAGAUAAAAAUUUAGAGAUACAGACAGCUCUUUUGCUGUCUUACUCUCCUAACUCUGACAGUUCGAUUGAAGUAAACAGUCCAGUAGUAUAGCAUACGGUUCACUGAUUUUUACUAUCGCAAAAGGAAAAAUACAAGCUCAAAAUAUUGACAAGCUAAUAUUAUUCUGAAAGUAUGUAUCUACUGAAAGUAAGCUUUAAUUGAACUUUUUCAUUGUGAGACAUUAAAGCGUACAAAACUCUACGUGCUUGAUAUGCGGUGAAUUAAAAGAAUCGACUCUAUCUCGUAAGACAUAACGUCAUCUGCAUUUGAAAUUGAUUUUUAUUUGUAUGAUAUAUAUCCAGAAAGCAGAAAAAAAUUAGAAUUGACGUUUGAAAACAAAUUGCAGGAUCUCUAUAUUGGAAUUGAUUCAACGGGUGAUAUUCGUUAAUGCGAAGAGAGAUCAUUUAUUAAUAUUAUUAUAUAAAAUACCAAAAAACACGUAUCAGCGAUUUUAGUGAGACACUAAAAAUAUAAUAUUUAAUAUUAUUUAAAAAACUGACAACACACAUUAAACAGUUUUAGUUAUACGCUUAAAUAAUGAUUAAAGCGCGUGAUGACGAAAUUUAAUUGAACGCUUAUAUCGCACUCGGAACGAAUUUCUCGAGCGCUAUAAGCAUCAAUAGCAAUGAAAAGAGAGUUAACAUACAUAAUUGAACACAUAUUUUUACAAAGUUAAAAUUUUUAAUCGCGGAAUAUCUAACAAUAAACUCGUGAUUCUGUAAUUGAAUUAUCAAAUUAAGAUAAUCACACUGAAAAGUUGAACAUAUAUAUAUAUAUAUUCAUUGUACAUAUGUUAUAUGCAUAUCUCUCUCUAUAUACGCAUCUACAAAAGAAUGUUAUCAAUUAUAUAAUAUGAUUAUAACUUAGUGCAAUUAUAUAAAUUUUGUUAUUAACUUUGUUACUUUUCAGAAAAC